CGACGGGCACAAGGACCCGGGAUCCUCCGCCAUGCAGCAGCAGCGGUCUGCCGCUGCGCGAGGACCAGAAAUCUGAAGCUCCCAGAAUGAGGAGAUCAAAAUGAUGCUGCCUAUAAAAAGGGAUUAAAACGUAAGCAAUCUGUCGUCAGAUGAGCUUAAAUCCGCCGCACUAACUGGUCUGUUUUUCUGUGCAAAUGUUUUUUUUUUCUUUUAAUGACUAAUGCAUUUUUCUAGGACGGCCGCGCGCCCGUCGGUGCAAUGACAGAUGCAUCGUGCUCACUUUCUCUGCUGCAGCACUAGAAAGGAAUUGCAGCGCGGACACGCGGAGGGCCUUUGAUGCAAGCUGUUGUUUGGGUCUCCAACCCUCCGCUGGUCCACCUCUCCGGUGGCCGCUGCACAUUUGCCCGUGGGAGCCGGGGGAGACAUGCCCACGCCUGACCGACCAUGAUGAAGACCGAACCCACAUCCAAGAGCACCACGCUCCGAAGCCCAUCCCCGCACAGGAACGCGUACGAGGCGGGGAUGCAGGCCCUGAAGCCCGUCAAAGACGGCGCCGCCAACGGGGACCUGCAGGAGGGCCCCCGGGGGCGCAGGUACGGCUCCAACGUGCACCGGAUCAAGAACAUGUUCCAGCAGAUGCAGACCACGUCCCCGGCCGACGCGGAGGGGGAGGACGGCGCGCGGACGGCGGACAAGUCCGUGCGCCUGUCCCUCCCCAGAGCCGGCAGCCUGAACGAGAACGUGGACCACAGCGCGCUGCUGAAGCUCGGCUCCAGCGUGUCCGAGCGGGUCAGCAAGUUCGACCCCAAGCCGGAGAACGGGCACCAGCGGGCCUCGUCGCCGAGCUACUCCAAGCUGCAGGAGACGCGGCGCAUCUUCGAGGAGAAGCAGCAGCAGGAGAAGCUGGCCUCCACCCGGGUGCUGCUCAAGGCGGACAAGGCCGCCGGCUUCCAGGAGGGCCGGCUGGACGUGGUGUCGCGCUUCAACGGCAGCACCGAGUCCCUGGACAGCCUGGACACCAGCGAGGCUGUGUCCCCCACGGUCAGCCAGCUCAGCGCCGUGUUCGAGCGCGCGGCCGAGCUGCGCAACAACCUCCACCGCCUGUCCUCCACGCCGCCGCUGCCCUCGCGGGGGGUCAGCGCCAAGGUGGGCGUGUUGAACUCAAAGAUAAUCACCAAGAGGGUCCUAGCAUCUGGCAGCCAGGAGAAGGGAGAGAUAAGCAAUCAGAAGGGCCAAGAGGGGCCAUCAAGGGGCCUCAUAGGGAGGGUGACGCCCCCAUCUGAGGGCAUCAAUGGGGGCCAAAGUGUUGAACUUCUAGGGAAGGCGGGAGAACAAACACUUUCAGGCAGUGAGUUCAAAGGUGAUUUCAAUGAUGAGGAGCAACCCACAGCAUCUGAAGGUGACACUCAUAUGGAGAAUGGAGGACCUGCUGCUGCUGAGAGGCAGGAGGUGGAGGAAGACAGGACUGUCAUGGAUAACAGCACCUGCAGCGCCACAGGGGAGGACUAUGAGGGAAGCCAGAAGGAGGAGGAGGAGGAGGAGGAAGAGGAAGAUGAAGAGGAUGACCGAUACGAGCCAGAGUCCAGCUGUGUGGAGAUUCCUGGGCUGACGGUGGAGGAGGAUCCACCUCCUUCCAGGAAGAUCCGCUUCAGCUCAGAACCCAUCAAGGUUUUUGCCACCUAUCCCAACGAGGACUACGACAGGCGUAACGAGGAUGUGGACCCCAUGGCAGCAUCAGCCGAGUAUGAACUGGAGAAGAGGGUGGAGAGGCUGGACCUGUUCCCCGUGGAGCUGGAGAAAGAUAGCGACGGCCUGGGCAUCAGUAUCAUCGGCAUGGGCGCGGGGGCGGACAUGGGCCUGGAGAAACUGGGCAUCUUCGUCAAGACGGUCACGGAUGGGGGAGCCGCUCAUAGAGACGGAAGGAUCCAGGUGAAUGAUCUGAUCGUGGAGGUGGACGGGACCAGUCUGGUGGGGGUCACCCAGAGCUUUGCCGCCUCCGUACUCAGGAACACUUCAGGAACGGUCAAGUUUGUGAUUGGACGGGAGAAGCCGGGAGAGCAGAGCGAGGUGGCCCAGCUGAUCCAGCAGACGCUGGAGCAGGAGCGCUGGCAGAGGGAGAUGAUGGAGCAGCGCUACAAUCAGUACAUGGAUGAGCAAGAGGGAGCUGAAUAUGGCACAGAUGAGGAAGAGGAUGAGGAGGAAGAGACCAGCCCACCAUAUCCAAACGCCAUUGAGGUUUUUGACUUGGCAGAGAAUGAGGACAUAUCGCCUCUGGAGACGGAUCCUGAGAAACUGGCCCAUAAAUACAAAGAGCUUCAAAUAAAACACGCUGUGACCCAAGCUGAGAUCCAGCAGCUGAAAAGGAAGCUGCACCACGCGGAGCAGGACAAGCAGCGCUGGCGCAUGGAUAAGGCCCAGCUGGAGCAGACGCUGCAGGAGAACAAGGAGCGCAUGGAGAAGCUGGAAGGCUACUGGAUGGAAGCGCAGAGCCUGUGUCAGGCUGUGGACGAGCACCUGAAGGAGACGCAGGCUCAGUAUCAGGCGCUGGAGCGCAAAUACAGCAAAGCCAAGAGAAUGAUCAAGGAGUAUCAGCAGAAGGAAAUCGAGUAUCUAAAGAAGGAGACUCAACGUUGUGCACAAGCUGGAGCCGAGACCUCCCUUCUGAAGGAGGAGUCGGGACAACUGGAAGAGGAGGUAGGAGAGGUUGCAGAUCUGGAGUGCCGGGUGGAGGAGCUGAAAUCCGAACCUCUAUAAAAGCCUUGUUUUCCCCCCUUCAUUUGCAUAUACCCCCCCCCCCCAACGACCAGAAGUGUUAUGGUAUUUAGACUGAACUGCAGGGUAUGUUUUUGUCUGGAUUGGUGGUCAAACUGUGUCCUCAGGCCUCGUGUUUCAACCACUAAAUCCUUUUAAACCGUGUUUUUCUGUUUAAUAUUUAUGGAAAGUUUUACAAUCUUGAAUGCAGAAUUGUUUCCAUUCCUUUUUUUAUGUUUUUUUUUUUUUUAAGUUCUCUUUUUUUAGCCCUGGAUUUUCAUGUUUUGUGACAAGCCGUUUACUUCAGUUGCCAAAAAACAAAAGUCCUUUUUCUUUCUUUCGCCUAGCUCUGUGACCUUUUUAUUUUUGUGUGUACAGAUGUGAAACUGUGUGGUUUAUCAUUUCUGUUUGUAAAAAGUUUUAUUGUGCAUAACAAUUAUCAUAAUGUAAAGUAAUGAGCGGCUUGUAGAUUUUAUUUGAUUGGACCGAGACUGCACUAGACAUCAAGGAGGAGCUUCUUUGGACAGAAGAAUCGAAGGUGGCAUUAAUUUCUUUGUUUUUGUUCUUUUGUUUUUUAAAGUGUACAAACCGUAACCCUACAUUCAUGGCGGGUCACCGUGACGACCACUUGCUGCCUACCUUUCUGAAGUGUUCCCUUUUUACAACCCUCCAGUUUCACUCCUCGUCUUUCAGAUCAAGGACCAACUUUCAAAAUAAACUACUUCUCUUUUCUCCUCCGAUAGAUGUUAAGGACUUGUGUAACUGAUAUUAGCUAAAACUACUGAUUAUUAAAUUAAAACGUUACAAAAAGUGGGAAGUUUUGAGCAGGAACUUUUAGUCUAGAACCAGCAAUGUUGAAACACACGGGGGGUGAAAACACUGCCAGGUUUCUACCGGUUUUUCACAUGUGUUAAAUGUGCAACCUGUUAUAACCAGUAUGUUUGUAUGACUCAAGACUUCAAAAUGUUCCUUUUAAGGUGUAGUUAAGGUGGAAAUGUGAGCUUUUAGAUUACAAACUGACUGGAUCAUCAGUUCUGUCAUGUAAAAGGUAGAUCUGGGUGAGAAGAAAUAAAAAAAAACAUGAAAAACAGGCAUGGUUAUGACUAUUUUCAUAUUAUUAAGGCUUGUACAGUGCACAUGCUUUGCAUUGUAUGUUUUGUGGAAUAAAUGGUCAUCAGUGAAGAUCAAA